AUUUUUUUUAGUUUUAAUAAAUCUUUUAAUACAUUUAAAUUGUGUCAAGAAGUUGGGAUUAAAUUCUGUAUUGUACUUGAUGAAUUAAUAUAAAAUUAAAUAUGACUGCUUAAAAUUCUAAAUCCUAAUCAACAUGAAUAAAUCUAAAGAUAAUGAUCAAACAUUUGUAAUAAAAAUAUUGGAUGAUUUGCGAUCGAAUAAUCGGUCUAAGCCAUUAAGGAUGCAUUAUGAUACCAGUAUGAUUUCUUCAAAUGAUUCUUUGUUAUUAUCAAACAAACGACGACGGUCUUGUAGUCCUGAUUUACAAGAAUCUAUGCUCACACCUGUUACUUCACCGUGGGAAUCUCGUAGAAUAAAACAAGAGUUGGUUAAUGCUCGAGCAGAAAUUGCCUCUCUUCAAGAACGAAAUAAAACUCUUUUCAACCUUAAAAAAGAAUCUGAUAUUUUAUUUGAAAAAGAAAAAUCUGCCUUGGAACACAAUAUUAAUAAAUCAAAUUUAAUGAUUGAUCAGUUAGAUAACAGGCUUAAAGAAAUUCGAUAUGAAAAAUCAAAUUUAAAGGAAGAAAAUGAUAGCUUAAUGAAAAAACUUGAGUCAUUAGUGGAAGAAAACAAGCGUUGGACAUCAAAUCUUGAAAAAGAAAACAAGGAACUUGAAGAUAAACUUUCCAGUGUAACUUCAGAGCUCACAAAAUACCAAAAUGAAAGUGUGUCAAGAAAUUGUACUGAUUAUGAAUUAAAUGAACUAAAAAAAACUCUUAGAUCAAAUGAAAAAUACAUUGAGGAAUUAACCAGCAAUUUAAGGAAAAAACAAAUUGAAAUUAAUACCUUGGAAAAUGAUCAAGUCAAAAUGAACACCGCUAACCAAAGAAUUAAAUGUUUGGAAAACGAAUUAGCUUCAUUACAAGAAAGUGCUAUGGUAGUUAAUGCUCAAAGAGAAAAAUUAAAACGGUUUAAUUCUAUGGAAAACGAACUUGUUUCACUAAGAGAAGAAGUAGCUAUUUACAGAAAUGAUGUAAAGCAAACAGAAAUUUUAGAAAAUAAAGUUUCUACCCUUGAAAGUAAAUUAAACAAACAUGAAUUAAUUGAAAAGGAAGCAAUGCAAUUACGAUCAAAUCUAGCAGUUAGUGAGGAUCGUUUGAAAGCAUGGAUAGAUGUUUGCCGAGAAGUCUGUGAAAAUGUUACUGAAACUCAGUGUUAUCCAGAAUAUUUGCGUUACUAUGUUGAUAAUCUUAAGAAAAAAGAUUUAUUUCUAGUCAAUGAGAAAGGAGAAUUACAAACUAGUAUUGCUCGAUUGGAAUUAAAACUUAAACAAAUGGAAGUUGAGUUGCUUAAAGCAAAAGAACAAAUAGUUAUUGGAACAAAUAAUAAUAAUAAAAAUGAAUUAAUCAUUAAACGGUUGAAGAAACAAAUCUACAUUAUUACAUGGGAACGUAAUGAUUUAAGAGAACUUUUAGAUUCAUUCCAAAAAGAAGUAACUGUCAUAGGUAAUAUAAAUGGUGAAGAUACAAAGAUGGAAGUAUUAGAAAAAGCUAUAAGUGGUUACAAAUCGCGUAUGAAUCAAAUUGAGACAGAUCCAUCUAUGUAUGUUCCUACUGAUAAUAAUAAACGUUGGAUUGAAGAAAAAAACAUUCUUUUAAAAGAAAAAGAAGAACUUAUUAACAAAUGUAAGCAAUUGGAAGACAAGUGUAGUGAUUUAAAUGAUCAAAUAGGUCAUCGAGCUUUGAAAGGAGAUUUCAAUUUAAAAGAAACUAAAGUGUUGCACUAUAAAAUGAAUCCCGCAUCCGAAGGAUUCAAUCAUUAUCAAAAUGAAUUAGCAAAAGCUAAACAAGAAAUAGAAAAAUUGAAGGAACGUAUUAAAGCUAUGAAUGAAGGAAUUUCUAUGAACCUUACACAGGUAGUUGAUAAUAGAGUUGAAACAAAUGCAUCCCAAGAAGUAGAAGGACUUAAAGAAAAAUUGAAAUCUCAAGAAAUUCAAAAUCAAAGACUACGUGAAGUUUUUAAAAAGAGUAGUCAAGAAUUUAGAGAGUCUGUUUAUACAUUAUUAGGUUAUAAGGUUGAUGGACUUCAAAAUAAUAUGUAUAGACUGACAAGUCAAUUUGCUUUUCAUGAGGAAGACAACUUAAUGUUUCAAUUAAAUGAAGGUUCAAUGCAUUUGUUAGAAACUCCUUUUUCAAAAACUAUUGAAGAAAUGAUAGCCUUACAUCUUGGUCAGCAACGUUCAAUACCAGUUUUACUAUCUAGUCUGACUAUUGACUUAUUUAGUAAGCAAAGCAUGAUCAUGACUGCUGAUUCAACACGACUUGAAUCAGCCACUAACUAGACUAAAAAUUCAACACAACUUGAAUUGACCAUCUAUCAAUAUUUAUUUUUAAUAAAUCUAAAAUGUAAAAAGAAUAUAUAAUAUAUAUUUAUCACCAUAUAUAAUAUA